CAUGCCCCAAAAAACAAGGUAUGUACCCUACUGACAUGAACAGGCAGAAUCAAAGCUCUGUGGCUGAAUUCAUCCUCUUGGGCUUUUCUAACUUUCCUGAGCUCCAAGAGCAGCUCUUUGGGGUUUUCUUGAUUAUUUACCUGGCGACCCUGAUGGGAAAUGCCAUCAUCAUAGUCAUCAUCUCCCUGGAACAGAGCCUCCACGUUCCCAUGUACCUGUUCCUCCUGAACUUGUCUGUGGUGGAUGUGAGUUUCAGUGCAGUCAUUAUGCCUCAAAUGCUGGUGGUUCUCUCCACUGAGAAAAUGUCAAUUUCAUUUGCGAGUUGUUUUGCACAGAUGUAUUUCAUUCUUUUCUUUGGUGGGGCUGAAUGUUUUCUCCUGGGGGCAAUGGCUUAUGACAGAUUUGCUGCAAUCUGCCAUCCUCUGAGCUACCCAAUGCUUAUGAACAAAAGGGUUUUCAUGAAAUUAGUAAUGUUCUCAUGGGUCUCAGGGGUCAUCGUGGCUACUGUGCAAACUACGUGGGUUUUUAGUUUUCCCUUUUGUGGCCCUAGUGAGAUCAACCAUAUCUCUUGUGAGACGCCCCCAGUGCUGGAGCUUGCAUGUGCAGACACCUUUUUAUUUGAAAUCUAUGCAUUCACUGGCACCAUUUUGAUCAUCAUGGUUCCUUUCUUGUUGAUACUCUUGUCUUACAUUCGAAUCCUCUUUGCCAUCCUGAAGAUGCCAUCAACCACUGGGAGACAAAAGGCCUUUUCCACCUGUGCCUCCCAUCUCACGUCUGUCACCCUCUUCUAUGGCACAGCCAGUAUGACUUAUUUACAACCCAAAUCUGGCUACUCCCCAGAAACCAAGAAACUGAUGUCAUUGGCUUACUCACUUCUCACGCCUCUGCUGAAUCCACUGAUCUACACCUUGCGAAACAGUGAGAUGAAAAGAGCUUUGAUGAAAUUCUGGCGAAGAAAAGUAGAUUUGCACACAUUCUGACUGUGCUGGGAAGCCCCAUGAUAUUUGGUCAUUGCUCGACUG